UCGUGCACGUCGCAGGUUCAUUUCGUCUCGAUCGGUCGUACGGUGCGGUUGUCCCAACGUCGGUGACACACAGAGUGGUGCAAGAGUGUUGUGAUCCUCGCGUACGAUAGCAAAGGUGCGUCGGUAUCAUGCCCAGUGACGAGCUAGUGGUGGUUCCGGUCCCGAACCUGGAUAAAGCGCCCGCCCGCUACGAUAACGAGAUCGACGAGCUGGAUGCACACUGCCAGCAAUUAGCGCGGGACUUUCUGCGUGAAAACCCGACGAUCCGUGACCAGAGCCUGGCGCAGCUGCGUGACUGGAUAGCGAAGCAUCCGAGCAUCAAGCGAUGCCGCACCGAUGCACGCUUUCUGUUGCGCUUCCUGCGCACCAAGAAGUACUCGUUCAUCAACGCGUCCCACAUGCUGGAGCGCUAUCUGUCGUGUCGCGUCGUUCAUCCGCACUGGUUCAAGGGGCUGGAUAUCGAGGAUCGGGAGAUGUGUGAGCUUGUGGAGGCCGGGUUUUUGUAUCCGUUGCUGGAGAAGGAUGCACGUGGCAGGACAGUGAUUUUUGGUGAUGCAGGCACGUUGGACCCGAAAGUGUACACCGUUGGGCACGGGAGUCGAAUGCACAUGCUGGUGGGUGAAACGCUGUACGAUGAUGCGUCGGUGCAGUGUGCUGGGUUUGUGUUGGUGUACGAUCUGUCUGGCAUUACGAUGGGAAUGUUGGGGUUGGUGACGUUGAACGAUAUCCGCGAUCUGGCGACGUACCUCAACAACGCUGUACCGAUGCGUAUCCAGGAGCUGCACUUCGUCAAUACACCGAGCUUGGCAUUGAAGAUCGCCAACUACACGCUGGCCCUGAUGAACGAGAAACUGCGCAAUCGCAUCAUGUGUCACCGCAGCUGGGAGGAUCUGCACAAAAAGGUGGACAAACGGCUGAUCCCCCAGGAGUACGGUGGAGUGAUCCCGAAGGAUGAGCACAUAGCGGCGUUCAAGAAGCGCUGCCACAUGUACCGUCCCCAGCUGCUCGCACUGGACGAGAUGGACUACGAGGUUGGACGAGAGUUGGACAGCUGCAAAAAGGCCCACGUGGCCGAGAUUGAAAGUGGCACGAUCGGAAGCUUCCGGAAGCUGCAGCUGGACUAGAAUGUGCCCUGCUGGACGUAUUUAGUUUUAAUGUAAUGGGUUCUCUUAGACUGUGAUGUAUCUCUUGGUUGUUUUUUGUUCGCUCGAUUGUUUACGUAUAAUCCCGAUUGAUUUCGUGUUUGCCUUAAAUACUUAUUACACUAAGGAACAAUGGUGGAUAGAAGAAAUGUUUCAUUUUAUUCCAUUUUCCUCCCCUCUCUAUGGUUAAUGAUUUCGUGUAAGAUUUUGUACGAAACCCCUCGACGUCGAAAGACUUUGGUAGCGUCCGAUCGGCAGUGGCCGAUGUUGACAUUGCGCGUAAUGAUAAUAAUUAGCACCUGCCGAAUGCGCGAUGGGUGCCCGGGCCGAGGGAAAACAAAAGGUUUCUUUUUCAACAUCAUCGUGGGUGCGUCGUGGCCGAUGUGACCAGAAAUGAUAAUCUUUAUUCAAGGAUGACCCUCGCCCGAGGUGUGAAGGAUGAAGUUUGUACGAUGAACGAUGUAAAUUUUGACGGGCGAUGUGUGUUGGUAGUAGCAUAAGAUUUUAUCAAUGUGUAUAUUUGUAAAAGAAAUAUUUUAAUAAAAAGAGCAUUUUGAAUGAAAA